AUGACCGGAGCUGCUGUGUCUGUCUGCUUUUUUUUCCUGCUGUCUGUAUGUUCAGCAUGUUACAUCUCCAACUGUCCUAUUGGUGGGAAGAGGUCCAUCAUAGAUGCACCACUGCGGAAGUGCAUGUCCUGUGGCCCCGGAGACAGGGGCCGCUGCUUCGGCCCCGGCAUCUGCUGUGGGGAGGGUCUCGGCUGCCUGCUGGGGUCCCCAGAGGCAGCCCACUGUGUGGAGGAGAACUACCUGCUCACUCCCUGCCAGGCGGGAGGGAGACCCUGCGGAUCUGACGGAGGACGCUGCGCUGCUUCAGGACUCUGCUGUGAUGCAGAAAGCUGCACCGCGGACCAAUCCUGCCUCAUCGAGGAGGAAGGAGACGACCAGAGCAGCCAGUUCGAAGGCAGCGACCCCGGUGACAUCAUCCUCAGAUUCCUGCAUCUGGCCGGCCACACUUCUCCUCACCGAAUCCACCAAUGA